AGUGUUGGUAUUCGCACUUUGGUUCUUACUCUUUAGUCUUUUCCCUUAUCUCUGUCGUCCUAAAAACUUGAAGCUGAAACAAUGUCGGCCUUCGUAGGAAAGUAUGCAGAGGAGCUGAUAAAGAAUGCCAAGUACAUUGCCACCCCUGGGAAGGGCAUUCUGGCUGCAGACGAGAGCACCGGCACAAUCGGCAAGCGUCUGGCCAGCAUCAACGUGGAGAACAUCGAGACCAACCGCCGAGAACUUCGGGAGCUCCUCUUCACCUCGCCCAAUGCCCUUGCAUACCUCUCCGGCGUCAUACUGUUCGAGGAGACCCUCUACCAGAAGACUUCCGAUGGGAAGCCAUUCGUGGAGGUCCUUGAGGAGAAUAAUGUCAUCCCAGGGAUCAAGGUCGACAAGGGUACCGUCGAUAUCGCCGGCACAAAGGGAGAGACCACAACCCAAGGCUUCGACUCUCUUGGGGCACGUUGCCAGCAAUAUUACAAGGCCGGAGCGCGCUUUGCCAAGUGGCGCGCUGUACUUAAGAUAGGCCCCAAUGAGCCGUCGGAGCUUGCAAUCCAACAGAAUGCACAGGGAUUGGCUCGCUACGCAAUCAUUUGUCAGGAGAAUGGACUGGUGCCCAUAGUCGAGCCGGAGGUCUUGACCGACGGCAAUCAUGACAUUAACAAAUGUGCUGCCGUCACCGAAACUGUACUAGCCGCCGUGUACAAGGCAUUGAAUGAUCACCAUGUGCUUUUGGAAGGGACACUUCUGAAGCCCAACAUGGUCACUCCUGGCUCUGAUAGCCCAAAGGUUGCUGCGGAGGUGAUUGCAGAGUACACAGUUACUGCAUUGCGGCGCACAGUCCCACCGGCGGUGCCAGGAAUUGUGUUUCUGUCAGGAGGGCAGAGCGAGGAGGAGGCGACAUUGAAUCUGAAUGCCAUGAACAAGUUGGAUGUGGUGAAGCCAUGGACACUGUCAUUCUCAUUCGGGCGAGCUCUGCAACAAAGCACCCUUAAGACAUGGGGCGGGAAGAAGGAGAAUGUGAAGGCUGCCCAAGAGGCAUUCUUGGCCAGGUGCAAGGCGAACUCGGUUGCCACCCUCGGCAAAUACACCGGUGGGAGCGGUGGUGCGUUGGCUUCAGAGAGCCUGUAUGUUAAGGGGUACAAGUACUAAUUAAUUCAUGCAUGCAGAUGCCGGGCACAGUACUGAAAUUAAUACUUGAUGUCAAUUUUUAUCUUCUUCUUCUUCUUUUUUCCUUCCUUGUAAUUGUAACCAAAUAUUUCCACUGAUAUGUCUAAUAAUAUGUUGUUUCUGUUAAGUA